AUGUGCUCCCAGCUCUGGUUCCUGACGGACCGGCGCAUCCGCGAGGACUACCCGCAGGUGCAGAUCCUGCGCGCCCUCCGGCAGCGCUGCUCCGAGCAGGACGUGCGCUUCCGGGCGGUGCUCAUGGACCAGAUCGCCGUCACCAUCGUCGGCGGCAACCUCGGCCUGCAGCUGAAUCAGAAGGCACUCACCACGUUCCCAGACGUGGUGCUUGUCCGGGUGCCCACACCCUCAGUGCAGUCGGACAGCGACAUCACUGUCCUGCGACACCUGGAGAAGUUGGGCUGCCGCUUAGUCAAUCGUCCACAGAGCAUUCUAAACUGCAUCAACAAAUUCUGGACAUUCCAGGAGCUGGCUGGACAUGGGGUCCCCAUGCCCGACACCUUCUCCUAUGGUGGGCAUGAAGACUUUUCAAAAAUGAUCGAUGAAGCCGAGCCACUGGGCUACCCCGUCGUGGUGAAGAGCACGCGUGGACACCGGGGAAAAGCUGUUUUUCUAGCAAGAGAUAAACACCACCUCUCAGACAUCUGCCACGUGAUCCGCCACGAUGUGCCCUACCUGUUCCAGAAGUAUGUGAAGGAGUCCCACGGAAAGGAUAUCCGGGUGGUGGUAGUAGGCGGCCGGGUGAUAGGUUCUAUGCUACGCUGCUCCACAGAUGGACGGAUGCAGAGCAACUGUUCUCUCGGUGGUGUGGGCGUCAUGUGCCCGCUGACAGAACAAGGCAAACAGCUGGCUAUCCAGGUGUCCAACAUCCUGGGCAUGGACUUCUGUGGCAUCGAUCUCCUCAUCAUGGACGAUGGUUCCUUUGUGGUGUGCGAGGCAAAUGCCAACGUGGGUUUCCUAGCCUUCGACCAGGCAUGCAACUUAGAUGUGGGCGGGAUCAUCGCGGACUACACCAUGUCCUUGCUGCCCAACAGGCAGACCGGGAAGAUGGCCGUCCUCCCAGGACUGUCUAGUCCCAGGGAGAAGAAAGAGCCAGACGGCUGUGCUUCAGCUCAGGGAGUCGCAGAGAGCGUCUACGCCAUCAACAGCGGGUCUACCUCUAGCGAGAGCGAGCCUGAACUGGGAGAGAUCCGGGGGUCCUCAGCCAGCACGGCGGGGGCCCCGGCCCCCAUGCUGCCCGACCCCAGCUACAACAUUAACACCAGGAUUGCUUCAGAAUUAAAACUUAAGUGA